CGUGGGGAGGUGUGGUCAGUGCAACAAUGUUGUGUAGGUGGCUUUAUGGAUAUGGAUAUGCUCUAAAUUCCGUUUGAGCUUCGGACUAUGGCCUCAUCGACUCCUAUACAAAUCUCUGAGACGUCUCAAAGCUCAUCCUCAAAGACUGGCCUAGUUACAAGCGUUGGAAGUUCCCGAUCAUACGGUACAGUCAAACAGUCCCCCAAUCUAUCGUUUCAAGCCCCAGGGACCCCCAGGCACUGUAUGCACCACACUGUAGAGGAAGGAGACACAUUGCAGGGGCUGGCACUUAAGUAUAAUAUAACAAUCCAGCAAAUUCAGCGUAUGAAUAAUCUUUGGAACACUGACUCUCUCCACAUUCGUCCUAUCCUCAAAAUACCCAUUACCAAUAGCAACGAAUUGUGCAGCAGUGGAUCCCCUAUUAACCAGUCGAUAAUGUCAGGCCAAAGAAGAGCUUCUAGUGAACAAUUACCGUCUGAAAAUGGACGGCAACAAAAUGAGACUAGCUCGAGCUUGAAUGGUCGCUCACUUGAGGAAGAUGAGGAGGUUAGAUCAAAGAAUUCAUCUCGGAGAAGAUACGAGUCCGAUAGUGGCGCUGGUGGUGAAGGGGUUAAGAGUAUUGCUGGUAUACUAAACUCAGCAGACGAGCAGUUGAUACUGUCACGUCAGUUUGCAGAAAAGCUGGCUCAGAGAUCUGCCGAACGUGCUCCUCCUGAGGGUGCAUAUAACAGGACGGCGGACAUGAAGAACCAACUCUCAUCGUCUGCUGAGAGACGCUCACGUUCUCCAUCUCCUUUCAACUCAUUCGUUAACAGCUCUCAGUACAGCAAAGGCCAAAGGGUUAAACAGUCAACGGAGAAGGACACUGAAACUAGAGAGAAAGUAGAGAGUCAACUGUUUGAAUUGUAACCAGUGUGUUUAUAUUUGUAUGUGUGUGUGGAAUGUAUACUCAAAUUUGUGUUCAGGUACAGUGAUUGUGUGAUUGUGAUUGAUGCUGCACAUUGUUUUGCUGUUAUACAACAGAGUCUCAAUUUACG